AUGAACACGACUACAGGUGUACAGGGUGUCUACUUUGAAGCCCAUACAAACUACACUUGUACAACUCCAGCAAACCUGAGAAACAAACGUCUGGUUGACAUUAACUUUGACAAACUUGGCUGCAGAUCUAAACUCAGCUUUUAUGUAGCAAUAGGGCUGAGUGUCACGUUUGUCAUCUUGUUGGUCACCAUUAUACUGAUGUACCGAUAUCAUUGGUACGGACGAUACGCCAUGUUCCUACUCCGGGCCAAGUUCCACAAGUAUGAAGUCAUCAGACAAGAAGAGGAGAACCCCAAGACGUACGACGCCUUUGUGGCACACAACAGUCACGACAGCGCCUGGGUCAUCCGUCAGCUCCUUCCACAGUUAGAACGAGGAGAUCCUCCAGAGUUUCGUCUCUGUCUGGGCGAACGGGACUUUCAACCAGGAGCCCCUAUAGUGGACAACAUCGCCGAGUCCAUCUACGAAAGCCGCAAAACCAUCUGUGUCAUCACGCGGAACUUUCUGGAGAGUGACUGGUGCAGGUUUGAGAUGCAGAUGGCGACGUAUCGUCUGUUUGAGGAGCACGUGGACUGUUUGAUUGUGGUGUUCUUGGAACAGAUUCCAGCCCAGAGACUGGCCAAGUACCACUCCCUGAGGCGGGUGAUGUGCAGGAACACCUACCUGGAGUGGCCCGAGGAGCCCGAGGCCAGGGAUCUGUUCUGGGAACGACUUCGUGUCGCAUUACGAACACACAGGCCUCUCAAUCAUGAAUUCAAUGAAUAA